GCAGCAAAUGAAUUUAUUUCUAGUGUGGGAUUUUAUGUGCUGAAAAUGUUAAUGAAUAUUUCCUAACCAAGGCCUAGGAAAUUUAUUAUUAAAUUAGUGUUGAACUGCCGAAGAAAAGCAAGAUACCAUUUCAGCAGAUUGCUUGUAUCCACAUGUCUUUUCCUAGAUUAAACACGCUACUUAAAUGUUCUCGGCAUGGAAAACAUUUGAAUACCUUAAUAAAGAGAAGAUCGUUGAUGACAUCAACACAAUAUCUCUGCAGACAACAAACUGAAGAAGAGGAUCCGAACAAACCUUUAGUUUAUUCAAAAAGCAAGGCUGCUAUAAUGACUGUAGGCAACUCUUUUGGUGACAAACAUAAGCAACCUUUAAAAAAAGUACUAACCUUCUCCAUCACAGGCAUUGCUCUCCUAUUAUGGAUAUACACACGUGAAGAGACUGAAGUUGAUCAGAAAUUAAACAGGAGCCUUCAGGAUAGCUUGCCAGGGUUGUUUGAAGAGUCAAAGGAUAAUGAGAAUCACGAGAAGAAAUUAACAGUUGCAAGUUAGCCACAGUGGACUUCAAUGAUCAGUUCAAUCAUGGAGGCAAUAUUAUGUACAGUACACUUUGUACUUGCUAUAACUCAACACUUGUGAUGCUACCAUACCAUACUAUGCACCAAAGACAAAUUUUGAUUUUGCACACUUAUCAGGGUUGGAUUUAAGGGGAAAGGGGGAUUUGGGGUGGGUGUGGUUGGGCUGGCAUAGGCCCCUUUUGGGAAAAAAAAAUUGAUCGCGUCUAGUAAACAACAAUUUUGCAGGGGCAUCCCCGGACUCCCAGGGUGGUAUUAUCUCGAUCACCCCCCUUUCAGACAUCUUUGGAUACACCCCUGCUUAUACUGUACUGAAGCUGGACUGUGUGGAGUAGAUACAGAGUUGCAUAUUGUAUUGUAGAGUAUAAAUAAAUUUUGUUAUUGCUUGAAAAUUUAAGCCUACUGUUGUUUAAUUUUGUUAGUGAAUUUCACCUAAAUUUCCCACUGGUAGUACUAGAAUAUUCUCGAUGGCAGGGCAACGCCGUGAUAGACAGGGGAAGAGAUGUACUUUGGUGCAAAGCCACCACCCAAAUGAGAAAUUUAAAAAAAACAUUAAGGCGCUAGAUGCUCAGAGAGCAUCUUGAUCUAAAAAUGGUGUCAGCAUCCAAACUAUUUAUUACUGUACUGUAAUUUAUAUAGGCCUAUCCAAUUCAGGCAAACUUUUGAUAUAAAUGUUUGAAAGGGCCUGUAGCAGGGUCCCCACCCCCAUUACACCACCACUGAUAUUUGCCUAAAUCAAUUUCGAAAGUCUUCUUGUUUUCCAUUAAAAAUCUGCAAAUCCAAUUUUAUUUAUCAAAGUCAAACAAUUUUUCAAUGGCAUUUUGGAUUUGACAGUCCAAUUAAGAAAAGACCAGGAAUGCCUUCGAUUCCAAUUUGGCAUUCAAAAUAAUAUUAACAAAUGCACAGCAAUGAAUUUUAUGUACAGUACUGACAUGUACUAAUGAGAUGUGCAUGGCAAAUGUUGUGCAGUUGAAUUUUACUGUGGGGACUAUAGGCCUGGGACCCACUGUGCAAGACAAUUAUAAGUAGAGCGCAACAGAUUUGUUUUGACAAUAAAUCAUCAAAACAAUCCGUCGUGGCCAAUUGUUGCAUUCUUCAACAGUACAACGCAGUGAAUACCCAGCUUAAGUUUUACUGUAUUGCACAAGUUACUGGCAGUUGCGAAAUAGAUAUACAUGCGA